UUUCUUGUAUAUUCUAUAUUCAUCAAAACACGUAAUUGACUAUCUCCAUUCGUUAGGGUUAUUCAAAUCAACCCUACAAGAUGUUGCACCAACCAAAAAAAUAGGAAUUCCCUCGCCGAAAAAAUGAAUGUCCAGAAAAAAAUCUUUAAUCUCUCACAACUUCGCACGAAGUUCGCAACAAAAAGUUUAUAAACAGCCAUUAACACAACAGAUCGAAACAAAUUGGUUUUUCCUUCCAAGGAUGACUAAUAACGAUAAUGCGAGCAUCACUGAGAAAAAUAUAAAGAUCUUUAUUAGAAUUUUCCCUUUCGAGAGAUUCUGUGAAUCGUGCGCAAAAAUCGACAUGAAUCGCAAGAAGAUUUUCAUACGGUAUCUACAAGAAAUGCAACCCAAUAGAAUAGCUAUACCAAAAAAACCAUCUUACUGGUGUUUUCAAGCGGAUGAAAUUUUUUAUAACAGUUCACAAGAAGAAGUGUACCGUGUCACAACCGAGGAUCUUGUAUCAAAGUAAGGAAAAAAAUAUAUUUUCUCUUUGAUCGAUGUCGUUCGAAACUUUUU